AUGGGUGAGACGCAACAAGUGAGUGCUCUUCCACCACCCCCAGUGCAGUACGUCAAGCAAUAUACAGAUGAAAAUACUCAGGAAGGCCUAGCUCCCAAGCCUCCACCUCCAAUAAAAGACACUUCUAUGAUGUUUGGCAAUCAAUUCCAAUGUGAUGAUCCUAUCAUCCGCCCUUCAGAAAGUCAGGGCAUCGAAUGGCUUCAUCCUACGCAGUCUGAUCACAAGAAGGAACUGAGAAAACUCAAUAUGUCUAUUCUUAUUAAUUUCUUAGACCUCUUAGGUAUCUUGAUAAGGAGCCCUGGGAGUACAAAACUAGAAGAGAAACCAGAAGAUCUUAAGCUGCUUUUUGUACAUGUGCAUCAUCUCAUAAAUGAAUACCAACCCCACCAAGCAAGAGAGACAUUGAGAGUCAUGCUGGAGGUACCGAAAGGUCAACGUCCUGAAACAGCUGAGCCAUUUCAGAAGCACCUGGAGCGAGUCAUUGAGAUGAUUCAGAAUUGUCUGGCUUUGCCUGAUGAUCCGCCUCAUUCAGAAGCAGGGAUGAGAGUGAAGACUGAACCAGUGGAUGCUGAUGAUAGCAACAAUUGUACUGGACAGAAUGAACAGCAAAGAGAAAAUUCAGGUCAUAGGAGAGACCAGGUUAGAGAGAAAGAUGCUGCCCUGUGUGUCCUAAUUGAUGAAAUCAAUGAAAGACCAUGAAGGAU